GCUUUGGUGAAGACAGGAAAGUGAGACGUGUGUGUUUGUGAGAUUUCUGCGUUGGUAUUGGUCAGUAGGCAGACUCUGUGUGAGGAGGGGAUGGUAGAUGCUUACACUCCAUCUGUUGUCAGUCACACCGCUGAACCUGCAGCUUCAGGACACUGCACUCUGCUUCUCAACCAAAAAGGAGAACUUGAAGGCUGAUCUCUUAGGAUUGCUGCUAAACUCGACCAGGAAACCAAUUUUGCUCAGCUCCACUUGGAUUGACAGCUUUACUUUCUCCAGCUCACUAGUGGAUACUGAAAUUUGAAUUAUUAUUUUUUUUCUUGCUUUAAAAGGGAAUUUUUAUUUUACCACCACAUUAUUGGGAAAUUCCCCCUGACGUUUUUGUGACUUUGUGCCUUGCUACUGAAAUGACCAAAGGUAGCAUAUCAGGAGAGAAGAUUGAUUGAAGAUUGUAGGAGUUGCACUUUCUGUUUUGCAGCCUUGCUGUUUCUCCUGGAGCUGUGUGCUUCACUCCCAGGAGCAGUCAGUGAGCUGUUAACUAUCAGCAGUAACAGUGGGGUCUGUCAGGUGCCCGGGAGGUCACGGAGGGCGUGGAGCUGGAUGUAUGAGACGGCUUCAUGGGCGUGAAGGACCAUCUGCAGGAUGGAACAGGCCAUAUCCUCAGUCUGGGGCUGGAUCUGGACUACCUCCAUGUGGAAGGUGCUGAGAGGCAGGCUGGCGUGAGCGCUGUGACGGGUGCUGGGAAUAUAGGGGUCUUACAGGUCAGAGCUGAUACCCCGAGUAACAGCAGCAACAAUAUUGGUAGUAGUGGCACUAGUUUUAAUACUCAUUCAAGCUACAGCAGCAGUAGUAGUUGCAGUAACUUCUCUGAGGAGAGCGCUGUCUCAGACAGUGAUGAUGAACGGCUCCAUAAUGGGUCUGGUUCUGAGUCUCAAAACCCUCAGCAUCAUCACCACCAAGAGUCCUCCUCAGUCUGUCAGACAGUCAAGCCAGAAACAUCUGACCCCGUCACAGACUACCGCACCAAGGUGGAGUUUGCUCUCAAGCUGGGUUACCCUGAGGAGCUGGUGCUGUUGGUGUUGAGGAAACUGGGCCCAGACGCACUCAUCAACGAUAUCCUAGGUGAGCUGGUCAAACUGGGAACCAAGACAGAGAUGGAGCAGCAAGGAGAUUCGACUGUCUCCCACUUUCCCUCCUCCUCUUUGUCAUCCUCUUUGGCCUGCUCGUCCUCAUCCUCGUCCUCUAACUCCUCUCUGGACUCCUGUCGGCUGCUGCUGGAGGACAAAGAAAACCUUCGGCCUGUUGUGGUGGAUGGGAGCAACGUAGCCAUGAGUCAUGGAAAUAAGGAAGUGUUCUCCUGUCAAGGCAUCCAGCUGGCUGUUGAUUGGUUCUUGGAGCAAGGUCAUCGUGACAUCACUGUUUUUGUCCCUGCCUGGAGAAAGGAGCAGUCACGACCUGAUGCUCUCAUCACAGACCAAGAGAUUCUACGGCGACUAGAGAAAGACAAGAUCCUGGUCUUCACUCCAUCUCGCCGUGUGCAGGGACGCCGUGUGGUUUGCUAUGAUGACCGCUUCAUCGUCAAACUGGCCUAUGAGUCAGACGGCAUCAUCGUUUCCAACGACAAUUACCGAGACCUAGCCAAUGAGAAGCCAGAGUGGAAGAAAUUCAUUGAUGAGCGUCUACUGAUGUACUCCUUUGUAAACGACAAGUUCAUGCCACCAGAUGACCCACUGGGACGCCACGGACCCAGUCUGGAGAACUUCCUGAGGAAGAGGCCUGUUAUUCCUGAACACAGGAAGCAGCCAUGUCCUUAUGGGAAGAAGUGCACAUAUGGACACAAGUGCAAGUUUUACCACCCUGAACGGGGUAGCCAGCCACAGCGUGCAGUUGCUGAUGAGCUCCGUGCGAGUGCCAAAAUUUCAUCAGUAGCUUCCAGAGGCCUGCUGGAAGAUGCCCUGAUGGCAAAGAGCCAAAGUUCUGGUCAAGCAGAAGGAAUGGCUGAGGCCGAGCAAAUUUGGAGCACUCCAAAGAAACAGCCAAACCCCACCCCUCGGAGCUCCUUCAAUGACCUCCUGGAGGACAGGUUACGGGUCCAGUCCAAAGUGGAGGGACGUAGGGGAAGCAACAGCAGCAGCAGCAGUAGCUGUAGCAGCAGCUUUCUAGGGUAUCCUGGUCCUGGGGGGCCCCAUUCAUCAGGAAGUCUGGACCGAUGGGAGCCUCCUGGGGGAAGUGGUGGAGGCAGUUCUAGGGUUGCUGGAGCCUCAGGACCAAGCCUGGCUGAAACUUACCACAGAUGCGAGUCUCCAGACCUGGGCUACAGCUCGCUGGUAAAGGCCUACUCUAGCCUCAGUCUGGUAGUGCCACAGAGUCCUGAAUGCUUCUUCCCAGCUGAUCUGCGAGCUGGAUCACUGCCGUCAGACUGCAGCAGUGAAGGCAGUGUCAGCUCAGACUCUUUCUCCCCUGACCCCUUGUUGGACGAUGGCCCCAAGUGCCACCAUCACCACCCCCAUCCUCGCCACCAUCACCACUGCUCUGGCCAGUACGCUCACUCUGCGAGCCGUGCCCCUCCCGGUCUGGGCCAGCAUACUCCCCAUGGCUAUUCCGUUCCUCAAGCCCUGCGGAGACAACUUGGUUUUGGCUUGGAAGACCCUCCGUCUUCUGUUGCCUCUCAUGUAUCUCCACGUCCCUUCAAGCCACCUUCAGCCUACAUCCCACCGCACCCUCAGCAUCCAGCGCUGAGCAAUUUCCCAGGGGAAUACCAAACUCGUCCACCACGUCCACCCCAAGCAUCCACCUCACACUCCCACUCUCAGAGCUCCCCGCUCGGCCGCAAUGUGAUGGGCUCCCUUUGGCAGGAAGGUGGGCUCCAGGAUCCCCAAGUGUACAAAGGGUCACCUCUUAAUUUCAGAAGAAACCACUCUGGGCUAAAUCAACAACCACAGCAUCAGAUAAACUGGGACCCCCAUUACCAGCAAUCCCCUAAGCCUUGCUAUGACCUGUUUGCCUUCCAGAGCCUUCCAGAAGUCCAUGAGAAGGCUUGGCACUCUCCGUGGGGCAGGCAAGCCCAUUCAUCACCCCGUGGCCUUUCAGCAUCAAGUCUUCCGCCACUCCCUCAGCUGUCCCUUCCAUCCAUCACUACCCACAAAAGCCACCUGCCCUCGGUGCCCCAGCACCAGGAGCCACCUGGCUUGGGUCGAUACCAGGACCUCAGAGAGAGGGUGUUUGUUAACUUGUGCCGCAUCUUCCCUCCAGAUUUGGUGAGGACGGUGAUGACCAGGAACCCUCAUGUGAUGGAUGCUCAGGAGCUUGCAGCUGCGAUUCUGAUGGAGAAAUCGCAGCACGGUUCUUGAAUGAAGCCUGGCGUUGAAGUUACAGCUUCAUCUUAAUUAUUAAAGUCAGGUUGGACAUACACUAACCAAAAGCACAAGCUGUAAAAGCUAAUUAAUCUGUUAAUGGACUGCUUAUCUUAUUUGCAGGGAAGUUGUCUCAUUCAUUUAAAUUUUUGUUUUUGUACAGGGAAAACCCCCAAAUUGCCAUAUUUUCCUAUACACAUGGCUGCUAUUUCAGCACUUAAGAUCAGGAAAGCUUGGGGUUUAAUGUGCAUGUUUGAGCUAUUGGUUAUGAGUCAAGACACCGGCGUGCUUAGGGAGGCUUUUAAUGUGUUUUAAGGGUGACAGUGUUGUUCAUUUUAAAUUAAUUUAUUUGUUACAUUUUAAGUUAUUUACUUAUUUUAAAAUUAUUCUGUUUUUGGCACUUUUUUUGUUAUUGUUGUGUUUUCUUCUCAGCUUUUUUUUUUUUUCCAAUCAUAUCAGGGUAUAUGUAGUUCAAAUUCGUACCUUCCAUCUGAGUGAAAUACCUCUAUUUUCCAGUAACUGAUAUGACAGCGUGGAGUGUGUAAAAUAAUAUAGUCAAUUGUAAAAUUUCACUGCCACAUUGCAAAUACAUUCCUACUGUAUUUAAUGCUCAAAUUAGCUCAACAAACGGAUCUUUCUAUACUCACAGGUGGUGGAUAAGAUGCUGUGGUGAGAUUUUGUGGAUUUCCCCCACGGGGAAGUGAAACUCAGUUGGCACCCGCAAAAGAAGAUUGAAAAAACUCCAUUCGAAAAACCCCCAAGCAGUUGUUCACUUUAGAGUGUAUUUCCUCUGUUAGGAUAGCCCUGUCAGCUGACUUCACAGUUCACCAGCUGUCAGUACAGAAACACAGACUCUAUCCUUUUACAUCUUUAACCCAUAUCAAAAUUUUAAAUCAUAUCAAGGUGGCUGUUGAGAGCAUGGUCACCAGAAAUCUUUAGGUGGAAUGAGGAUUGUUGGUAUUAUUUUCAUUUUAAUUUAAAAUAUGUGUUAAUUUAUUACCUUUUUAUGUGUGAAUAUCUGUGGUGCAUGAGACACAGGGUCUCCUUUGUCAGUGGUGACACCACUAGGAGUGUUUAGGCACCUCGAACAGGGUAUAACUCGUUUGUACCCUUCUGUUAAAUACACAGAGAUCCACGCUUUUGCAGUAAAAGACAGGAGCACACUGGCAAGAGGUGGGAAACACCUUCUUAAAAUUAAAAUCUUCCCACAGAGUACCAGACUUUUCUCAGAUGCACUAAUAAUCUCAUUGGUUAAAUUAAUUUUUAAAUAAAAAACAUUUAAGUGGUAAUAACUUUAACUUUAAUUUAUUUAUGACUUAAACUAAUUACAUGCCUUAGACAGCAAUACGCUGAUAUAACUACUUUAAAUGUGAAAGUCUAGAUUAAGUUAGUUUUUUAAUGUAAUGUUGUUGUACAAGUACUACAAAUAACUAUUUUCAGUUUAAUUAAUCUGCUAUCAUAAUUAAAUAUGUUAAAUCUCAUAAUUCCGUAACACCCAUCGACCUAAAGUAAUAAUUAUAUCAGUAUUUUUUCCAAAAUACUAAUCUUUCCCAUUUUUGUCUGCUUUCUCUUUUAAAGUAUUUUUGUCUUAUCUUAAUGUAAAGCACUUUGAACUGCAUUUGUUGUAGGAAAUAAUAAUAUUCUUGUAUUUAUCUCUGCCAGUGGGAUUAUUUAAACAUCUGAGGAACUGUUUGUAAAGCUCAGACUCUUGCCUGGUUAGCACAAUAUCUAGUCGUCAGUUGACACCUCUCUUUGUUGAUACAAAUUGUAUCCUAUAAACUUUUGAAACAAGAUCAUCAUCAUGAUGUUUUAUAUGAAAAUAUUUAAACAAAAAAUAUUUCGAGUUGAAUAUUUUGAGUAUUUGUGGCAAACUUUGUCACCUUUGGUACUUAGCCUUUAUUUAUAUGAGGGGGCUUUUUAUUGCCUUUUUUUCCAAGUGCAGGAAAGAGAAAAGUCUCAAUGCACUUUUUGGAAACAGUUAUUGUUAUUGUUUAUAUUGUCAGUGAACUGAAAACAUGGUACUGUGUAGCCCAAAAAAUAUGAAACCUCAGACAGGGUAGAGGUUUAAGUCAGCCCAACCAUGGUGAAAAGCACACACUGAAAAUAACUGUGGUUAAAUGUGUUAAAAUGAUGAUGUGGUUAAAGUCGAUGUGUUCUCCUUCGUCAUGAGACAGAUUGAAGAUUGUCUACAUCAUACUCAAAAUCGGACUCACGUACUACACAACAGUGGACUGUGAGUGGGAGUGCAGUUAAAAGACAGGAGGUUUUAGAGAGCUUUCAAAACAAAACUGCCUCUCAAACAGACGCCUUUCCCUUUAAAUCUAAAAUCACAACCACAAUAUUUCAUCUGUAUUCCUCUCGAAGCUCUCUUACUUGGAAAGCUUUCUUCUCAAGGGAUGUACUAUAAUCUGAAAGGUGUCGUCUCAGGAACAAUACUCCUGCUUGUCUGGAUAAAAAGUCUGUCAGCAGAUUUAUUUUUCUCUGACAGUCUAAUGGCUGAGGAAGUCAGUCCAUAACUGAGGUUCUCUCACCCUGCCGGUCUGGCUGGCACUGUGUGCUACUGUUUGUCGCAGGGUUCAGACACAACAAUUGAACUAAACCUCUGAAGGUGUCGUGUUAACAUUCCUGUGGAUAUUGAAUUUACUGUAUGAGGGCAAAAGAUAUUUUUCUAUUAUCAUGAACAUGUUUAAGAGCUAUUUUUCUAAUUGUACACAAUGUUUAACCGCAAGAAGAGAUUGUAGUCGAUGUCAGUGUUGCUGAAUAAGGGGAUGUGCACGUUGCUAACAGUGCUAAUGUUUUGUCCUGUUUAUAUUACAAACGUUACUUGACAGUGUUCAGACUGAAUAUGAACCAAGCACAUUUACGCCUCGCUUUAUUCGUGUGAUUCAUUUGAGUGUUUUUUUCACCAAGGCAAAUGUUAGCCGUAAUUGUUUGUUAGCUAGCAACGUACGCACCAGACGUGCAAUAAAGUGUUACAAUAGGCUUGUUGGUUAGCAAGCAUUGUGUGUAGGCUGUUUUCACAGAGCAGGCGCAGGUGUUACCAGCAACGUUAACGAGUGUCAAGGUUAGCCAUGACAGUGUAAAAGUGAACACCGGCACCCUAAAACCAAAGCAAUGUAAUGAUAUUCUGUAGGGACGAACGAGUACACCGUUAUCUGUAGGUCUCGGAUCAACCAGCUACUUUUUCUGUAUUUGUAUCUGUACUCGGAAAGAGGGGGGCUUAAACGGGACAUUGGUGUGGCUAACAGGAAGUAAAUUUAAGCCUGAAAUUGAUAUGGGUUGAUAAUAAGUGGCUGUAUCAAUUAGAGAACUAUUUACAGUUAGACACGACAGUUUAAAGUUAUUUAAAGUUGGUGUUUUUUUAUUGACACAUUUUUAUCUGAUGAUACUUGAAAAAAGUUCAUUAUCUAUACCUGAUACUCAUUUCAGCCGAACACUCACUCAACCCUAGCAUUCGGUUGUCAUUAUUAUUUUUUUUACACCUGUGCUUGUCCUCCUGUCAAAAUGGCCGCCUUGGUACCCUGUGACUUUAUUCAGAAAUGUACGUCACAGCGAAGCAGCGUGCCAAUUUUGUUUGUACCUGUAAUGACAGCACGGUUGUACAAAACUGCGACUGCUAUCCCACAAUGCUUUGUUUCAUAGGGGGGUACUGAAGGGGGGUGAUAUUCUCGUUCUGCACCGCGGUCAGUAGGUAUUCCACAGUGACCUUGCUUCUGUUGUCUUGUUCAGUCGUGCUGCCUAUUUGCUUGCCAUUCAGUCUGAACACACCCGUAUUAAUUCAUGUGUGGGUUUUGUCUAAAAAAUUGUUUUUGUUUGUUGCUUUGACUAAAGUGGCCUCAAAACCAGCUAUCUUAUCCAAUGGUAAAAGAAAUGUAAAGUAUCAACACUGUCAAUGUUUAUCCCAGUUUAUUCCCACCUUUAUCGCUAAUGUGCUUUAAUACAACUUAAUUUGUGCUACAUUUAAGUGCCACCUCUUCAGGGACCAAAGCCAGGUAAAAGGCCGUUUGUUGCUUUCCGAUGUUUCCCCUUGCUCAGGCUCAUGGUGGUUAUAUUACAGGUGAACCAAAAUAAAAAAGAAGGUAUUAAAAGUGUUUGACCAUUGCUGCUGUUUCACGGUGUGCGGGCAAAUGAAGAGUUUCAUUCCAAAAGAAUGACCUGAGCUGGGUCAUAUACAGCUGUGCUGAUUCAUAUGGUAUAUUGAUUAAAUCUAGUCAAAUUGUCUUUUAAAAAUACCUUUUUUGAGCAUAAUGUGCAAUACUAACAAAAUGUAUUGCUUUAAGUUGAAAUUGAAUUUGAAAACCAGCCCAAAUACAUUAUCCAUUUUUAGAAGAAAAAUACACUUGAGAUUCAGAUGAAAUUGGUUGGAAUGCUUUUCCAUAAAAAAGUUUUACCAUCAUGUCAUUAAUUGUGUCUUAGCACAUCUUUUUUUAUUUUAUGAAAACAUGUCUUUUUGGAGUGGUUCUCUUCAGACGUUCGUGCUACAGGGCCGUGCAACUCAACUGAGCUUUAGGCAAUAAAACCCAAAACUAAAGCACGUAAAACAAACCUGUCAUACCUUCGGGAAAACUGUGGCCAAAUGAGACAUGUUGACUGUUCUUGUGUGUGAUGUAAAAGUGAGCAAUAAAAGCCCUACUCAAGCUUU